AUGUACCAAGCACUUCCUUACAAGGCAUGGGAAACAAAAAGUAUUCAAAAAUCAUCACCAUUGAUUGUAAACCAAAAUCUUACAAUGUCAUCUUCAUCAAAUCCGACGGUGGAGAAAAAUCAAAACGACAACAACGAUAUCAAAAACUUGAUUGAUGAAAAUGUUGUUAUUAUUUUUGGAAAAUGUGGGUGUUGUAUGAAUCACGUGGUAAGGCGAUUGCUAAUUAGUUUAGGUGUUAACCCGGCUUUACAUGAAGUGGACGAGCUCGAUCAAGAGUUUGUUGUUGAUCAACUCGAACGAGUCGGGCCCUUCAGAAACGAUGCUGAAGGGCCCCACCCCGAACGUCGUAUAAAUUUUCCGACCUUGUUUAUUGGUGGACGAUGGUAUGGUGAUUUAGAUUGGGUAAUUGCUACUCAUAUUACCGGCGAAUUGACUCCUAUUCUUAAAGAUGCAGGGGCCUUGUGGCUAUAA